AGAUUUAUUUACCUUAUUCUGUUACCUUUGUUGCUUUCAUCUUCCCGCCCCUCCCCCUCUGCCCCGGUUUAACAGAAACGCCGAUCAUGGUGUCGCCGCACGGAAUCAAACUGGCGGUGCAUCUCAUCUCCGCUUACUUCGGCGAUAUCGUUUCUAAAGUAUGCGAAUGUCUUCUACGUAAUGGAACACUAUCACUACAGCAAGUGCUACGAUUCACAGAACUCAAUAAAGAAAAUGCUACCAACGCUUUACUUGUGUUGAUUCAGCAUAAUUGCGUUCAAGCCUUCAGCAUUGAACAACAAGGUGGAUUUAUGGAACAACCAAAGAUGGUGACUCAUUAUAUGGCCUUACAUGACAACAUCAUCCACCUUAUGAGGUUCAGUAAGUUUUUGGCAAUCAUAUCAGAUGAAUUUGGACAAGAGUGCAUGGAGAUUUUUGAAGGAUUACUUCAACAUGGUAGGUUAUCAAUGAAUCAGAUCGUGGACAGGUAUAAAGAUAAGCAUAAGUCACAUACAAGUAAAGAAAAUAGCACUGCUGCUAAUGUGGCACAUGAAAACUUCAAUAAACUUGCUCAGGCACACUAUAUUGAAAGAUGCCCUGCUAGUGAACCAUAUCUUGAAUCAGAAAAAGAAGAUGAUACUGCUGGAAAGAAAAAAACUGCCAAGUCUAAGACGAAUGAUCCAUCACAAACCCUUGAAGCACGUGCAUUAGCUGCUGCAACUCCCAUGGAAUCAAUAAGAUUUUUAGUUGAAGCAGAUACAUUUACCAAUGGUGCCCCUGAUGAAAAUACCAAAAAAACAUCUACUACAGAAAUCGUCGGAGAAAAGCGCAAGAAAAUUUUCUUGGAACCUGAAAAUAAAGAAAUCCUUUGGCGCGUCAAUUUUGAGGAAUUUGUACGACACUUUCGCCACAAGUGUUGUAUUACCCACAUGACCACACGUAUGGAUAAUGUAGCCGGCAUUGUUCUAAGUGCAAUUUUUGAGGCAACUAGAAGAGAUGAAACUAAAGUGAAAAUGGAAAACACAGUUCCUCUUCCCAUGGAUAGAAUAUAUGAGGAAGCAAUAAAAAGGGAAGAAGGUCGAAGUUUGAGUUUAGAGCGUGUUAGGGAUUCCCUUGUCCAAUUAGGCUGUGAAGUCCCCAUAAUUGGGUUAGAUGAAACAUAUAGUAUUGAUUUGAAGAAGAUCAUUGAUGAGGCUCAAGCUCAGGAGGUUGAAUCUGUUGUGCUGAAAAAAUAUGGCAGGGAGGCUUAUAGGAUAUUUAGAUUAUUAUUACAAUCCAAAAGGCUAUGUGAAACUGAUCAGAUAUGGAUGGCUACAUUUGUUGAUAAGAAAGAUGCGUUGAAGAUUCUGUUUCAGCUAUGGAAAGAUGAUUUGUUGCAUAUGGAGAGAGUUGCAAAUGAAGGACAGAAGUUGGAAAGUUUGUGUUGGAAGUUGAAUAAGGUUUCUGUUUGGGAACAAGUUUUAGAUGACAUGUAUCAUGCUGCACUCAACUUAAAGCUUCGCCUUGUUCAUGAGCUUGAACAAGCAAAAGAAAUCCUUCGUAAAGGAAAGAGUGUAGGAGACCAAGUGUUGGCAAAACGGAAGAAGGUUGGAGAAAAAUGGGAGGUUCUAGAUUCUUCUCUCAUGAUUCUUGAUGAUGCUAUUAUGCUAUUUCAUGACUUCUAAAGCAGGCUACUCUAGUAUUAUUAUUCUUAAUUUUUUUAAACCAUCUUGAAUAAGAAACUUGGAUACAUGUGCUUUCUGGUAUUUAGUUGAAGAAUUUUAUCAUCGAUACUAUAAGUCCCCCUUAUAAAUUUCUUAGCUUUCCUAAAUUUAUCAUUUCCUUACAAUUCCCAUAGCUGAAACAGAAACUUGGAUACAUGUGCUUUUUGAUUUUUGUCCCAAAGGGUUUUCUUUUUGCUAUUUUUGUCCUAACGUUUUGGAUCUUUGUUGCAAGUAAAAUCGACUUGGACUACAAUUGUAAAAAUUGCCUAUAUACUCCAGGAUCAUAAAUAGUCCCUUUACUUGGACAUGAACCAAAAACAGCACAAGAAUCUAAAAAUAAAGACUAAAAUUGCAAAAGAAAACCUUUGAGGGGACUAAAUUAUAAUGGAUCAUUAUAUUAACUUGUUUUAUAUAAAUUAAGACAACCAUAAAAAAUUCCACUUGUCCAUACCACCUUUUUUUUUAAUCUUUCAAGAUUUAAAUAGACAGCCAGUGACCACAGAUUUAGUUAUUUUUCUUUACAUUUUUUAGUUUUUACAAAUAACACACAUUUAAUUAAUCAAUGAUGAAGACAUACAUACAUAUACAUAUGCGCAUGCAUUUAUUUAUUAAAUUGUCAAAUUCGUAUGAAAGAAAGUUGGCAAGCACAUAUAUCAUCAUCAUCAUCAUCUACUAAUAGUAGUAGUAGUAGUGGAGAGAGGAGAGAGGAGGGUAGAAUUAGAAAAGGGGUAAGUUUGGUGGGAAGCGAACGAGCAUCCAUUGUUUCUCGUAUGUCACGAGAUGGCCCCACCCAAUCUCAUCAAGCAAACAUAUUCUUUCUUCAUAAACCUUCUUUUGCGGGGGAUCACCUUCUUCUUCCAUCAUCUCACCAAUCACCUACACCACCCAUUCCAAUAAGUAAAAAGAUACAAUUAUAAAAUACUAUUAUUAUUAUUAAUAUUAAACCUUGAGUGCAGUGCCAAGCCUUCCACUAUGCCUUUCCCGUAUUAUGACAAGGGUUUUAUAUUUAGGUGAUUUUUUGUCCGCCCAUUUCUGCAACUCUUUAAAAGUCUCUUCAAACAGAUCUCCAUCAGUAGUCGUAGUAGUAGUAGUAGGCUUGUCCACGACUUCUGCACCUAAGUUUGCAGCCAAAGCCGCCAUCUCACCCUGCUGUAGUGUCUUCAUAAUUAAUACAUACAUAUAUACAUAUUAUACAAAUAUAUAAAAUAUGUUAUUGUAAGUAAGAGUAGAGUACCUUGAGGGAUGCAAGUUCCACUAAAGCUAAACCUUUCUGGUACAGUGCUUCAACCAGCUGUUCAACUCGACUCUCCAUCUUCUUCCUCGUUUUCUACACACAUAAUAAUAACCAACAAUCACUCUCUUCUAUACUCUUUGCAAAAAAAAAAAAAAAAAAAAAAAAAAAAAAAAAACCACAAACAUAA